CAAAUGACGUUCCUUUAACCCGAGUGUUCAGCUGACUUACAUUUACGAAACCGUUACUAAAUAAAGAAUAAUAACUUUUCAAAAAUAUGUAUUUAUUCAGCGUGAAAAAUUUAACCCGCAGUGCCAAAGCGUGUGCUUUGCAGCGGUGGACAAAGUGGGCUUACUCGAAUAUCAGACUUGUUUAUAAGCACAGCUUUAGCCAUUCAGUGAAGUUCAGACAUUGCUACUCCACUCAGCACAAACCUGUCCGUAUCGGCUGCGCUUCAGGGUUUUGGGGUGACACUGCAACAGCAGUCCCCCAGCUCCUACAAGGUGGUAAACUGGACUUCCUUGUAUUUGACUAUCUGUCGGAAAUCACCAUGUCCCUACUCACAGCAGCCAAAACUAAGAUGCCUAAUAUGGGCUAUGCUCCUGACUUUGUUCUUGCUGCCAUUUCUCCAUUUAUCAAGGACAUAAGCCAAAAAGGUAUUCGUGUGGUUAGCAAUGCUGGUGGCGUGAAUCCUCUCGCCUGUGCCUCUGCUAUACAAGAAGUGGUGCAGAAAGCAGGUCUAGACCUGAAAGUUGCGGUGGUAACUGGUGAUGACCUAAUGCCACAGAAAGACUCUCUGAGUAUGCUGAGGAUGGCUGAUGUAGAAGAAAAGAAACCACUUCCCAAAACUGUACACAGUAUGAAUGCGUAUCUGGGUGCUGUCCCUAUAAAGCGAUGCUUGGACCUUGGGGCUAAUAUUGUUGUGACCGGACGCUGUGUCGACAGUGCAGUAGUGCUUGGACCGCUGAUGCAUUCGUUUGGUUGGGAGCAGAGUGACUUUGACCUCCUGGCUGCUGGAAGCCUCGCAGGACACCUGAUAGAAUGUGGUGCUCAAGUCACUGGUGGGAUUUUUACAGAUUGGCAUAAAGUUCCAGACUGGGAUAACAUGGGCUUUCCAGUGGUUGAAUGUUUGGCAGAUGGCUCAUUUACACUGUCCAAACCUCCCAAAACUGGCGGGCUGGUCUCAUUUGGUACAGUGGCAGAGCAGCUAGUUUAUGAAAUUGCAGACCCACAGCGUUACCUCCUACCUGAUGUCUCUUGUGACUUCUCACAGGUCACCAUCACUGAAAUACCAGGUGUGAAUGGAGGAGCUGUCAGAGUACGUGGAGCAAAAGGAUCACCUCCGUCAAGUGACUACAAGGUCUGUGCCACAUACAUGGAUGGCUUCAGGACUACAGCAGUUUGUCCAGUGGGUGGUCCUAGAGCUGCAGAAAAAGCCAGAAGGACAGCAGAGAGCAUUAUCAAAAGGACCAGGCGCAUCUUCAGACAGCUGGGUCUGGAGGAUUACAGUGGCGUCAACAUCCAGGUUCUGGGUGCUGAGGAUACAUAUGGACCACAUGCAAGCAACAGUGGCCAUCGGGAAGCAGUUCUUUGGAUGGCUGUCCGUCACAAGCAGAAGAAAGCCCUGGAGUUUUUCUCCAGAGAAGUGGCUCCAGCAGGAACUGGAAUGGCUCCUGGACUUACAGGCAUUGUGGGAGGCCGACCUAGAGUAUCUCCAGUACUGAAGCCUUUUUUCUUCCUAUAUCCUAAAACAGAACUUAAGGUCAACAUCUAUCUCAAUGGAGAAUUGGUGGAGACGUUCAGAGAGGCUGACUCUUCUUUAGCUGAAUGGCGCGCCCCCUCCCGCCUUCCCGAAGAAAAUGUUUACAAGCCCACAGUGUUUUGGCAGGACCAGCCUUGGCUUAACAAGCAGCAAGACCUUCCAAGUAAUCAGGACCAUCCUUUCAUUAGAGACCUGCCCACUGGCCCGCACAGUUGCAGACUUGAGGAUUUGGCUUAUACACGAAGUGGAGACAAAGGAGACUCUGCAAAUAUUGGGGUCAUUGCAAGACAUCCACUUUAUUUUCCCUACCUGAAGAGAUUUUUGACUGCUGAUGUCGUGGAGAAAUACUUUCAGCAUCUGAUUAAAAAGGAUGAAACGGGGUUGCCCUCUGUGACACGGUAUGAGCUGCCUGGUAUUUGUGGUUUGAACUUCGUGCUACACAACUCUCUUGGAGGGGGAGGGGUGGCUUCUCUAAGGAGUGACCCUCAGGGAAAAGCUUAUGGACAGAUGUUGCUGGACUACAGAUUGACUGGCCUGCCUGAUCUCACGUCAUUGGUAGACUGAGGAAAGAGGGUGCUGUGAGGAAAUGUAAUAAAUACAAUAAACAUUCAGACAAAAAGGACAGGCAUUCUGUGAGUGACUCACUCUUCGUGCAAGGCAUUGUCUGACUGUUUAGUGAACUUGAGUCGAUAAGCUAAUCAGUAUCUUGAGCUAAUGUGCAUGUAUUAAGAGUAUACAGUGAACAUGAUAAAUACUGACUCAAGCACUAAUUGUGGCUAUAUGUAAUUAAUAUAAUUCAAGAGAUUUACAGCAUGUAGUUUAGACAAGCAAUCAGCAGUCUAGAUUUUGGAACAAGCAUGCUUAUCUGCACUUAUUGGCUACUUUUGUAUUGAAAUUUUGUAUUAAAUGGCAUUUUUUGCAUUGCAUUUAUUGAUACUUGGUAGUAUUGGAGCAUUCCAGUCAGUACCAUAAAAGUAUUUUGAGACCCAGCCUUAUGCCCCAUUAAUUGUAGAAGUUAAAACAAUUAUAAUAAUUCAACAUGCUUUAAGUUUGUGCCUUGAUGAGCUAUUAUACAGGUAUUUUCCUUUUUAAAGAAAAUUGUGAACUAAUUAAAAUGUACAUUGAAAAAUAAAAUGUUUUAUUAUUAUAA